AUGUCUUCAGAGUACAGUUGCCCAUUCGAUGAUCUCCUGAUCCUUGACUUUGAAACAACUUGCGAGGAAGGUGUUUUUGAUCACCCGGUUGAGAUUAUUCAGAUGAGUGUUGUCGUGCUUAAUAUCACAGAUAAACUUAUCAGAGAAGAUGUUGUGUUCAACAAACUGGUCAAACCAGUCGUCAAUCAAAAAUUAAGCCAAUAUUGUAUUGAGCUGACUGGAAUUCAACAAGAUGCUGUUGACAAGGCUGACAUAUUUUCAGUUGUCUAUCAACAAUUUCUUGAGUGGCUCAAAAAGCACAACUUGGACGAGCGAAAGUUCGCUUUUGCCUGCGAUGGUCGCCAAGAUAUGUGGCGUCUGGCACAAUAUCAGUUUCUGCUCAUUAAGGAAAAUUUUCCGGCAAUCUUCAGACAAUGGAUAAAUAUAAAUAGAAUUUUCCAAGACAUCGCCAAAGAAAAGUAUCUUUCAAUUGCUGGACGCAGUAACCUAGAAAAAAUGUCCAAUUUCUUUGAAAUCAAGUUCGAAGGACAUGCUCACAAUGCAAUGGACGACGUUAAAUUCCUGGCUCAAGUUGCUAAGAAGAUUCUUGACACCGGACGUUUCGUAACCGUCAAUGAAACUCUCAACUGCAUUAGUGGCUGGAGAAACGUUCCGGAAAACAUUGAUCCAAAUUGGAAAUCGGACAUGCAUAAAACGCAUAAAAUCAUCGCCAGAGCUUUGCCACUCGUUUCUGUUGUCAGAAGACGUGCCUAUGAUCCAGCAGAAGACUAUGGAAUCUGCUUGUUCUGUAAGAAAUCAACGAUCGAUAUCUGCGUUGGACGAGUUCACAAGCAGUAUCCAGCGGAUAUGUAUUCUCAAAUCAAGGAUCCAUCCGAUUUUGCCACUGUUGCUGGACUCAAGAGAGAUUAA